CCUCCAAUUCCUCCAGCUCCACCUCUUUUUCUUCCGGUUCCUCCUCUUCCUCCACCUCCUCCGCCUCUUCCCGUGCCCCCUCUCCUCCGGCCAUGCCGCUGGAUCGCUGCCGCCUGCGGGGCCCGGAGGAGUCGCAGCCCCCGGAGCUGUGGGCGGCGGCGCGGGACGAGGACGCCGAGGACGCCGCCUCCGACGACGAGUCCUCCCCCGCGGACCCGUGCGCGCUGCGGCCGCUGUUCGCGCGGGCGGGGCUGCUGUCGCAGGCGGAGGGCUCGGCGUACGUGGAGCUGAGCGGCGGCACCAAGGUGCUGUGCGCCGCCUGGGGCCCGCGGGAGCCGGCGGAGCCCGGGGGGGCAGCGGCGGCGGCGGGCGGGGGGCGGCUGCGCUGCGAGUUCCGCCGGGCGCCGUUCGCGGGGCGCGGGGCGCGGCGCUCUCCGGGCGCGGCGGCGGCGCGGGAGGAGGAGCGGGAGGCGGCGGCGGCGCUGCGGGAGGCGCUGGAACCGGCGGUGCGGCUGUCGCGGUACCCGCGGGCUCGCCUGUCAGUGAGCGCGCUGGUGCUGCAGGACGGCGGCUCCGCGCUGGCCGCCGCCAUCAGCGCCGCCUCCGUGGCGCUGGCGGACGCGGGCGUGGAGCUCUUCGACCUGGCCGUGGGCUGCGCGCUCAGCCGCGACCCCGGCGGCUCCGCCUGGCGCCUGCAGCCCCGCGCGCGACACGAGCGCCGCGCCGCCGCGCGCCUGACGCUGGCCGUGCUGCCCGCGCUGCGGCAGGUGUCGGCGCUGCUGGGCGCGGGGCGCGGCGCGGACCCCGCCGCCUGGGGGCAGGCGCUGCGCCUCGGCCUCGACGGCUGCCACCGCCUCUACCCCGUGCUGCGGCACUGCCUCCUCCGGGCCGCCCGGCGCCGCGGGGACAAGGCUGACACCGCCACCGGGGCGGCCCGCGGCACCGCCUCGGCCUGAGCCCAGAGACAUGGAUGCUGCGGCCUCUGUCACCGCCUCGGCCUGAGCCCAGAGACAUGGAUGCUGCGGCCUCUGUCACCGCCUCGGCCUGAGCCCAGAGACUCCCACGGUGAUGGGGACAUCGUCCAGAGCCGCAGAUGCUGUGUCCACUGCCUCAGCUUGAGCCCAGACACACGGAUGCUGCGGUCACUGCCACUGCCUUGGCCUGAGCCCAGAAACACGGAUGCUGUGGCCGCUGUCACUGCCUCAGCCUGAGCCCAGAGACACCUCAGGUGUUGGGGACAUCCCUCAGAGCCACCCGGGGAUGCUGUGGCCACUGCCAGCCCCUGAGCCUGAGUGAUCGCCCAGAGCCACCUUGGGAUGCAGCUGUCACAGCUGCUGCUGCCACCCACAGCACAGCCUGAGCCCAGAGAUACCCUGGGAUGGUGGGGACAUAGCCCAGAGCCACCCCAGGUUGCUGCCCACGGCACCACCUGAGCCAAAGUAAUCGCCCAGAACCACCCAGGGAUGCUGCGGCUACUGCCUGAGUGAUGGUGGGGACAUCUCCCAGAGCCACCUGAGGAUGCUGUGGCCACCACCUGAGCAAUCACCCAGAGCCACCCAGGAAUGCUGUGGUCACUGCCCGAGCCACGCUGGGGACAUCACCGAGAGCCACCCAGUGCCAUCACUGCCUGAGUGAUGGUGGGGACAUCACCCAGAGCCACCCUCUGUGCAGGGACAGACAUUUACAGCCCACCUGCACUACAUAUUGUGCUCCUAGGGACACCCACCGCCCGCCUGGGCCACAUUUCUUCUUGGAGUCAGCCUAAGCCUGCCUGGGCCACGCAUUGGGCUCCCAGAGAUACACAGAGUCGGCCUGAGCCACACGUUGCACUCCCAGAGACACCCAGAGCCCACCCAGGCCACAUUUCAUCUUCUUGGAGUCAGCCAGAGCCAACCUGAGUUGCACAUUGCACACCCAGGGACAACCACAGCCCACCUGGGCCACAUUUCAUCUUCCUGGAGUCAUGCUGAGCCUGCCUGAUCCACACUUCGUGGUCCCAGAGACCUCCGGAGCCUGCUCAAGCUCACACUCCACCUGCCAGAGACCCCUCGUCGAGCGACCCACACAACCAGAGGUCCAAGAAACCUGCCUAAGGAUGCCAGAGUCUGCAUUCCCUACCCCACUUGAGAGAGCCCCCAGACAAGCCCAUGCGCUACCUGACAACCUGGACCCUUCCUGAGGAGCCCUUGUGUUGCAGGAGACCCUUCCCAGGUGGGCUUGCAGGACCCAAGCAGCCCUGCAUGUGGCUGGAACCCCCCAGAAGGAGCCUCCAGGCUGCCUCAGCUUCCAGAGCUGCCCACACUGCGGGACUGCAGCCCCCAGGUUGAACCUAUCGCCAGGGCUGAGACCCUCGCGCUGAGCUGCCCACCAAGACCAUCCAUGUGGGCAGGGGCCCAGCAGCACCAGGCAGGAACCAUGUUGUGGCACAGGCUGAACGUCCCUUGGACCUCCUGCCCAGGCAGCGCUUUAAGGUGGCAGAGAUGUGUUUCACUGUUUUUUUUUGUAAUAAAUCCAUUUUGGAUUUUUUUUUCUA